UAAAUUUAAUAUACAAAUAAAGAUAUAUUCUAUCAAUAGUUAGUUAUUUUAAUUAAAAUAAAUACGAUUUUUGAUUUAAUUGUCAAUACAAAAAGAUAUAUAUAUAAACGAAUUUUUAAAUCUAUGGCAGAUUUAUAGGGAGGAAACUUUUAUGCAAAGCAAACUGAAUAGAUUGCUAAUUAACUGACUGGAUAAGCUAACAAUUUUUAUCAAUCGAAUUUGUUAACAAAUGAUAAUAUGGCUGUUUUGAGAAACUCAUAAAAGUAUGUACCAAAAGAGAAUGUAGAUGCUUUUGCUUAGUUUUUAUAGAUGCAACACUAGUAAGGAAAUGUUGAUCCUUAAUCGAUGCUUAAAUCAGCAGUCUAAUUAUAAAAGCAAUAAUAAGACUAAAAUAAUAUGUAAUUAGCUAAUUUCGCAGAAAAAGGGGAAUAGGCUUUAAUGAAAAGACUAGAUUUUAGUAAGAGCAAUCACCCAACAGCAUGUUUUUUUCAUUUGUUGUUUAAGGCAUUAGCACUUAUAUGCCAUUUAAUUUUAAGCAUCUUUAUGGAUACUUUGAAAGUGCAUUACUUUAUAAUUAUUUUCAGUUCACUCGACUUUUGGGUUGUUAAAAACAUAACUGGAAGAUUGCUAAUAGGUUUAAGAUGGUGGAGUGAAUAGUAAAGUGACAACACAACUAAGUGGGUUUUUGAAUGCAAAAUUAACUAAAAUGAGAUAAAUAGUUUUAAUUUUAAUGUAUUUUGGAGUUUAUAAAUUAUAGCUGUUCUUUCAUGGGCUACUUUGCUUGUUAUUAAUGUGAUUGGUUUUGACAUUGGUGAUUCUGCUGUUUGCGCUUUUUCUUUAUUCACUACUUUUUGGAAUGCUUAUUACUUCUAUAAAUGCAACACAAAAUAAAAGUAAGGUCUCAAGAAGCUAGCUUCUGAGCUUUAAUCAGAUAUCCCUCUCAACUUCAUGUCGGGCUCUCUUAGGUUCCCAUUAUGA